GUGUCAUAACAUCACUCGCUCAUGGAUCUUGAACAAACUAUGGCGGAUCCACCACCACUUGCAGCCGCGAUUCCGGCGCCAGAACCACCGUCUGCUGCACCCGUACCUGAUGAUACUGCGCACCAGGAACUGUAUACCCAGAUGAUAUCCGCCGCCAUAGUGGCGCUAAAGGAGCCGGACGGGUCGAGUAGCAGAGCAAUAGCGAAGUACAUCGAGCAAACCAACUCGAAUCUUCCAUCCGACCACCCGGCCUUGUUGAAUCGUCACCUCAAGCUCAUGAAGAACAGCGGCGAGCUGAUCAUGAUCAAGCACUCAUACUCGCUACCUGGAUUUACCCCCCUUCCACCUGAUUUAACUCCCACCCUAAAAAGAAAGCCAGGCCGCCCUCCCAAACGCAAGCUAGGAGAUGAAACCCUAGCGCAGCUGUCAGCUCAGGAGGGGCAUAUUCCAACGGAUUCCUUUCUUGUUCCAGCUGGAUUAGACGGAGGGCCUCCCACAUCUCUUCCUCAAGUUGCUGCUAAUGUUUCUCCUGCUAUGCAAGGAGUGGAAGCUCUGCAGCAGUUUUCAGCUCCUGAGAGGCAUGUCCAGACUGAAUCUGUUCUUGUUGCACCUGGAUUAGAUGGUGGAUCUGCAAUCCCUCUUCCUCCACUUGCUGAUAAUGUUUCUUUGCCUAAAAGGGGCCGUGGUCGUCCAAAGAAGUUGAAUUCUGAUGGGACAAGCUCUGUGGAUUCUCUGAAACCAGAAACCCUGUUGAUCCAGAACGGAAGAAGGAGGCCCGGUCGUCCUCCUAAGAGUGGCAAUAUGCCCUGGCUAGGUGGUGUAGUUGGUAGGCCUAGAGGUCGACCUAAGCGAUUUGCUUCUACUGGCAUAGCAAAAUCAAGAGGCAGACCCAAGGUGACUGGUAUGAAGCUUGGUGGGAGGCCACGCGGCCGCCCUGCAAAAAAGGUCCUGGUUGGACGGGGGCCUACUGCAUCUGGAGUUGCUAUCAAUGUGCCCAUCAUUGAUGGUGAUGCUCGGAUUGCUCCAAAUGGAAUUCUGGUGGCUCCUAGACGGCGUGGCCGUCCUCCUAAGCUGGCUACUGCUUGUCCUGUUAGAGUUGCUACAAAUGGGUUGCUGAGGACUUCUAGCGUUCAUGGUAUAAUUAAACCAAGGAAACUCACUGGGAAGCGACCUGGUCGCCCAAGAAAGGAUGCAGCACUGACCAUAUCUGUGGCUCCGAAUACCCAACAGCUGGAAGCUUUCCAGGACCUUCAGGCUAAAUAUGAAAAUUUGAAAACAAGAGCCUCGGAGAUUGCUAGCGUUAUAAAACCAUGCUUAAACAGGGAAACAAUGCCAGCCAUUGCAAUGGCAGCCUUCCAGGAGCUUGAAAGCUUCGGGGGCAGGUGAUGUGAAUCCGAGCCACCAUUUAAGAAGAAAAAACUGUUGGUUAUUAUUAUUAUUAUUUAACAUAGUGAAAAAUACUGUUUUGUUUAUUUAGUGCAGAAAAAGUGUUUCUAAGUACAACUAGUCUUUAAUAAUAGUAGGAGAAUGUAAAUUUGAAGUCUUUGCAUUGAACAUCAUUUUAAUUAGGCAAUGCUGCUGUGUAGGUUUGUAUUAUACCUUGGAGUGGUAAGUUGAACUUUAAUUGCAGUCUGGUUGAUUGUGUGGGUGUUUUUUGUUUUAUGUUUUACCACCUUGUUUUUUACUCAUUGUGGUCAAGGCUUCUUCUCGCCUGCCUUGAUUCCAAAGUUACUCGGAAUAAUUUGGAAUAAUUUGACUUUUGG